CUGGUGUAGCGGGUCCAGCUAGGACAUAGCCAGCGGUCAACAUAGUACCGCUCGGCAGGUUAAAUAUAUAUCUAUUUUUCCGCCAUAAAUCGUAAUGCUAUUAGUAUCGCUAAGAUAUUGUUGAUAAAUGUCUACAGCUUAAGGUAGCGGCAGUGGAGGUUCCGAGGCCGUGCUUUUUGUGGUUGAAUUGACUCUGAAGGAGAAGAUGUGCAAUGGAAUGAUAGAGUCAAUUUCAAAUGCCUUUUCGACCCACACCUUAGCUACUAAAAGGUACUUGUUGUUAAUGCUGGUACUGACUAAAGUGUCCACUGGACAAGUGUCAGGAUGUGUGAGGCCAUAUAUGGUCCAGAACAGCUGGGUAAACCUCACAGAGACCAACAGGGGCUCAUUCCCUGUGGGCACAGUUCUUCAGUACAGCUGUGACCCUGGUUACCUUCCAGAUGGACCCAGCAUCCUCACCUGCACCACACUGGGACGGUGGUCCUCCGAACCUCCUCAGUGUAUCCGCAGUGGUGCUUGUCUACCCCUCUCCAAACCUGAGAAUGGGGGUUACACCUGUCACCCAUCCCCCUGUCGACUGUUUUCGCACGGCACUAUUAUUGAGUUCCUUUGCAAUGAAGGCUUUGCUCUCAGUGGAGACUAUCCUUAUCUGACGUGUCAAGAUGGAGAGUGGGAUGGCCCCAUGGAGAUCAGUUGUGUAAGCAAAGGCUGUAUAAGACCUUCUGUGGUGCAGCAUGGUUCAACUAAUCUGACGGACACCAACAAGAGCUUGUUCCCAGUGGGUACUGUACUACAGUACAGCUGUGACCCUGGUUACUUCUUAGCUGGACGCAGCAUCCUCACCUGCACCUCAGUGGGAGACUGGUCCUCUUCACCUCCUCGCUGCAUACGCAGUGAUGUAUGCCAGCCUCCAUAUCAGCCAGAAAAUGGCGGCUACACUUGCCAUCCCUCCCCAUGCAGACGAUUUUCUCAUGGCACUAUGAUACAGUACUUCUGUGAUGAAGGUUACAUUUUGAAAGGAGACUAUAAGUUCCGCAACUGUCGCUUUGGAAAAUGGGACAACCAAAUGCCAAUCAGCUGCGUCCUUGAACAAGGCUGUGUAAGACCCUCCAUGGUGCAGUAUGGCACAACUAAUCUGACAGACAGUAACAUGAGCUUGUUUCCAGUGGGCACAGUACUACAGUACAACUGUGACAGUGGUUAUCUGUUAGAGGGGCCCAGCAUCCUCACCUGUACUACACUGGGACACUGGUCUUCUGAACCUCCUCGCUGUUUACGCAGUGAUGUAUGUCAGUCUCCAUAUCAGCCAGACAACGGAGGCUACACAUGCCACCCCUCCCCAUGCCGAAGACUCUCUCACGGCACUGUGAUUGAAUAUUUCUGUGAUGAAGGCUAUGUUCUGAAGGGAGACUAUAAAUACCUUACCUGUCAGUAUGGGGUAUGGGACAGCCAAAUGAAGCUGAGCUGUGUCAGGGAGCAGGGUAAAGACCAGAUGACACGUUACCAAAAUCCAUCAUUGCCUUUGGGGAUGCCUGCAUUGUCAAUAGUUGCUUCCACAGCCAGCUCAGUGGCUCUCAUUCUGCUCCUUGUUGUGCUGUUUGUACUUGUGCAGCCAAAACUCAAGGGCCUCCAUCGACGUGAUCAGGGGGUGUCUGGGCAGCCUGUGUCACUCAUGGUGGAAGGAGUCCAGGUGAUGCUACCCUCCUAUGAGGAGGCUGUAAGCAACAGUGGAGCCUCAACACUCAGCUCUGAGUCCCGAGUCCAGAUUGUGCUGUCUGAGGGUCAGCAUGCUACAGCACCAGAGGCUGGCCCCCCAAGGCCCUCUUCCCUUAAACAGCAGCAGUCAGAGAUGGCUGUGGUCCACCCUUUGCCACCAUCUUCAUCUUCCUCGUCACCCUCUUCAUCUGCCUGGGUUCUGGAACAUGCAGGUGCUGGCGGAGAGAUUUCCUCCUCACAUAGAAGGCCAUCUGCAGGUAGUGACGAGCAAAGUCUGUCUCUAGACUCUGAAAUGGACUACUCUGAUGAUAUGCCAUUACUGAAGGAGGCCUGAAACAUGCAGCAGCAUUAGGAUUAACCAGAGACAAACCAGCUUGCUACUGACCUGUACUGGUGAGCAGGAGAUCGUCAGCAUAGAUGAGGUCAGCUUCUCUAAUAAGGCUGGGAUUCACUCUCCCAGAAGAGAGAUUCACAUGUACAUACAUGCUUACAUUUUUAUAGGCAUUCCCACGGUAUGUGUGUUUGUCUAAUAUCUGAAACUCAGUUUGAAAAUGUGUAACAAUUCAGAGAAACAGGCAGUUUGACAGAAUGUGUCUUAAAAAAAGGGACUAAUACGUUUCAGGUUAAUCCAUUUUGGGAACUAACACUCGUGUGUACCUUUCUUUACCCACGCGCCUCAUCACUUAAAACCCACAUUUGCAAACAAGCAUGAAGGCCAUGAAACCAUAUUGUUUUCAAGUUAUAAACAUGACAUUGUCUUCAAAGAUUUUUGUGCUUUCCAAUCAUCAAUUACUCAUGGCUCAUGUCAUUCUGCAUCACUGUGUAUGAUAAGUCUGCUUUUCCCCCCAGGAGGGCCUGAAUUCAACAUAUUUAAUUUCUCCAAAUAUAUUUUCCUAUUCAUUCUCAACCCCUUCCCCAAUGGCCUUAGCUUCCCACUUCUAUGCACCUGUAUCUAUAAUAUGUGAAAUAAGGAAUUUUAAAAAUGAAUGUCAGUUAACUGCCUCCACCGCUUAGUGGUAAUAUGCGUGGCUUUGUCAAACACAUCACUUGUACACCAGAAAAUAUUAUCCUGUUAAUUUAUUGAGGCUGUUGGGAAAUUGUUGUUUGAACUCUAAAUGUGUAUGUAAUUUAUUUGUGCCCAGAAUGCUGUUGAUCAGCCAUGGCUUGUUUUGAUUUCGCCACCACUCAUGGAAAAGAUUUAAAGUGGGUCUUUUCAUGUUGCAGUUUUGAUUUUAAUUCUGCUUCAGGCACAUUACAUGUGACACUGUUAAAGUGGUUGGGACGCUCCAUCACCAAAAAGAGUUAUUUGUACAGAUUAGUGUAAUGUCAGUGUUCACUUUAUGCGACUGUUCAUUAAGUUUACUUUUGGACUGAGGUAUGAAUCCUUUUUGUUUGUUUGUUGGUUAAGAUGGUAUUUUAUUGUAUGUACAAAGUUUGAAGUUAUGUUUAUUCUGUAUAUAUCAGGAUCAUUUUGAUUAAAUAUUAUUUGAUGUG